CGGCGAUCCAGUACUUUGCGACUCUAUUGUACUCUAUGGAAAAUUCCGAAAUGUUAUCAGUAUCACAGCACAGCGCAACAUUACAGAAACUAGACAGAAACAGAACAGUAAACAGUUAGGUAUGGAGCCAACAUCCUGUCUCUAAUUAGUCCCAAAAUAUCGCUAUCCAGAUUGCUGUGCAACAAGUGAGUAAGUGCUAAAAGUCAGAAUGGCGAAGAAAGUCAAUGUAAAAAUCACUAGUAACACAAAAGGAGACCGAAUGAACAUAGCCGUUCUAUUUUCCCUGUACUUGCUGCAAGGAAUUCCUCUAGGAUUGUGUGCAGCCAUCCCCAUGCUCUUACAAAAUAAGAAAGUGAGCUAUCGGCAACAGGCCCAAUUUAGUUUUGCCCUCUGGCCUUUUAGCUUGAAGUUACUGUGGGCCCCUAUUGUGGACUCUCUCUACUCAGUCAAAUUUGGUCGCAGGAAAACAUGGCUGGUUCCAGUGCAGUAUGCCCUUGGAGCACUGAUGCUGUAUUUGAGUUACUUCAUUGAUGAUUGGUUGAGCGAAUCAGAGCCAAAAAUUCAGGUUCUCACUGCCUUCUGUUUUUGUAUGAACUUUCUCGCAGCAACUCAAGAUAUCGCUGUUGAUGGCUGGGCCCUGACAAUGUUAAGGAGGGAAAAUGUAGGUUAUGCAUCAACGUGUAACAGCGUGGGUCAGACUGCUGGUUAUUUUCUUGGCUACGUAAUAUUUAUCGCUCUGGAGUCUGCUGAUUUCUGUAACUAUUGGCUGCGUAGUGUUCCAUCUGAUGAAGGCCUAGUGAAAAUCUCAGGUUUCUUAGGAUUUUGGGGACUCACAUUCCUUUUGAUAACUACAUUAGUGGCUAUUUUCAAGAAAGAGGACAGGCAUACACUUGAAGAGGAUGAUAUGAGUAUAAAAGAAACAUACUUACUGCUGCAAAAAAUAAUAAGUUUGCCCAAUGUAAAAUUACUAGCGUUUAUUCUACUAACUGCAAAGAUUGCUUACAGUGCAUCUGAUGGUGUCACAGCUUUGAAAUUAAUUGAAAAUGGGGUUCCCAAAGAAAAAUUUGCUUUGAUGGCUAUGCCUCUAGUACCUUUGCAGAUCGUCCUGCCCUUGUUCAUUGCUCGACACACCUCUGGCCCCGAACCAAUGAAUGUUUAUAUCAAAUGCAUACCGUAUAGGUUAUUUUUCAACAUUCUUGGACUUAUAGUAGUUUAUUUCACAUCAAUAGUUAUUAAGAAUAAUAUAGUUCCUGUAUAUUACUAUCCAAUGCUAGUCUUAAUGUACUGUUUUCAUCAGAUUACAUUGUACGGCAUGUUUGUUUCUGCAAUGGCCUUUUUUGCCAGAAUAUCAGAUCCAGCUGUCGGCGGGACUUACAUGACACUGCUGAAUACUUUGUGCAAUCUUGGGGGUACGUGGACCUCAACUGUCGCUUUGUGGUUUGUUGACUCUUUAACUUGGAAGUCUUGUUCCAACAAUUCGGCCAAUGACUGCAGUACUGUGACUUUGCAGGAG